AUGGCUUCUUCAAGCUCGCCUCCAUUGCCACCCGUGCCAAAGGCUUCAGCGGCUCUUGCAACCGAUGCCAGCACAAGCUCUCGCGCCAUGGCCAGGCUGGCGAACGAGUUUCCCGGUGCGGCAUCCCUGGCUGACCACAAAGUGACUCACGCCAAGCUGGGACUCGAGAUAAUGGAUAUCAGGGAGGAAAUUGCGAGGUUAAAAGCCGAGCUCAGAAGAGACCAAGACCCAGGCAGAAUGAGCAACAUCCAGAGCCAGAUCGGUCAACUCAUGCUUCAGAUUAAUGUGAUCCAAGAGAAAGCUGCUGAAGCAGAAGCCAUCGUGAAAGGCAUCACCUCGGACAUCCAGCGGUUGGACGUCGCCAAGAGCAAUCUGACCACUGCUAUUCAGAUGCUUGAGCGGUGGGGCAUGCUGAGGCAAUCUCACGAGCAAUUGAGACAUCUCCUACCUACACGGCAGUACAAGAACAUGUCCCAAGCUUUCGCUGCUGUCACACAACUCCUCGCCUCCCUCAAGCCCCUCUCAUCUGUCCCCGCUGUUGCUGAAAUAUUCAAAGCCGCCGAAGCAGACCGAAAAACCGUACAGGAAAAGGCCGCUGUUGAGAUGGAUACAUUCUUUCAACAAGACCCAAACAAGAUCGUCGACAGAAGGAGCAUUGCUGAAAUUUGCUUGCUGAUAGAUGUUUUGGGAGGUGACUUCAGAAAUCACAUCGUGGAACGCUAUCUCCAAAUUCAACUUGCCGAAUAUCGUCGCAUCUUCCGCUCCACCGACGAAGCUGGACAAUUAGACAAUGUCCCGCGGCGCUUUGCCUGGUUCAGACGCGUCCUGAAACAUCACGACGAAGAGGAUUCAAUGCUCUUUCCAGCUUCUUGGCAGGUGACAAGGUUGUUGGUCUCCGGCUUUGCGGAGUGCACGAGGAGUGACUUGUCAAAUUUGCUAGGGAAGCAGAGCCCGGCUGUGAAUGUGCUGCUGGACGCUUUACAGGCGACUUUGGACUUUGAGCAGGCAAUGUCGAGAAAGCUUGAUAUGACGGCAAGUCAUAUCCUCUAUGGAGAAAUAACAAGUCUGACAUUACGAGGUGGUAGUCUUAAAUGGACAAUCGCCUCGAUAUUCGACCAGUACCUCAAUGUCUACGUGGAAGCCCAAGAUCGUGCCAUAUACGACAUGCUCUCGGCAUACCGCGGCUCAAACGCUCGCCCAUCCCUCGAGUCUGUCAUCGCCGAAGAACCUGAAACCCCCGUGCCCACCGUCCUUCCCUCCUCCACAGAACUGUUCUAUUUCUACGGCCAACAACUGGACCAGUGCGAAAAGUACUCGAGAGGAGAAACUAUGAGGAAGCUGUCAGACGUGUUUGUCAAGUGGCUGAAUGUGUAUGCCGGGGAGGUACUGCUGGCGGGGAUGAAGUCGGCACCGUCGAGAAAGUCGUUUGAGGGGAGGGAUAGUCUGCAGGAAGUAAAAACAGCUUGUAUGGUGUUGAAUACUGCGGAGUACUGUCAAAACACAUCGAUCCAACUGGAAGAAAGGUUGAGGUCUAAGAUAUCUCCCGACUUGAGUGAAAGUAUUUCCUUCGAAUCCGCCCGCGAAACAUUCUCCUCCGUCAUCAGCCAAUCCAUUGCCGUCCUCUUGCGGGAACUCGAAUACUCGUGCGAACCUGCUUUCUCUGCAAUAUUGAAAACUCCGUGGAUCCAUUUGGAGAAUGUCAGUGGCCGGUCGGCCUAUGUGGUGGAUCUGGUGGGAAGUAUCAAGAGCGUGGCCGAGGGGGUGAGGGCGCGGAUCGAAGGGAAAAAGUAUAUCAGGAAUUUUGCGGAUAAGGCUGUUGGUGUGAUCAUUACGAGAUUCACCCAGGCUGUAAUCAAGAGUGCGCCGCUCAAGAAGAUCGGUGCCGAGCAGAUUCUUCUUGAUGUGCAGGCAGUAAAAGCUUGUCUUCUGGAUCUUCCAGAACCACACCCAGAGAACUCUUCCACCAUCUAUACGAAAUAUGUAACCAAGAACACGGGCCAGCUGGAGACGAUGCUAAAGGUCAUCCUGGCCCCCGACGAGGUUCCAGAGGGCUUCGUUCAAAAUUAUUGCCUUCUCAUUGGCGAUCGUUCGUUCACCAACUUUCAGAAAAUUCUCGACCUCAAAGGCACCGCCCGCACCGACCAGCAACGCUUGCUUGACAUCUUUCUCUCCGUCACAUCUACCGACUCUGACCUCACGGACACUUCUUUCCUUACUCAUAUCGACAUGGACCCACCUGCGAGCAGCGAGGCCGCGAGGGGCUUUGCGUCGCCGUCGGCAAGCUCGACGGGGCUGUUCUCGCCCACGACAGGGCCCGGAGGGAUAGGGGGCUUGCCAGGCUUACUGAGAAGUGGGAGCGCGGAGGGAGGGGAGCGGACGGAAACUCCCAAAGCGUUUGGGGAUUUCAGGCGACUGGUUAACUUUGCCACGAGAAGGGAUAACAGUGCUAUGAACGUCCCACAUUGA